AUGUUUGGAGUUAGCCGUGGUGCAUUUCCCAGCGCAACAACACAGCCAUUUGGCUCAACAGGAUCAUCUUUUGGUGCACAACAGCAACAACAGCAACCAGUAGCAAACAAUUCUACCUUCGGCCUCGGUCAGCAAACAAAUGCAACACAGGCACCUGCAUUCGGUAGUUUUGGUAACCAGACUUCCAAUUCUCCCUUCGGAAUGUCUGGAUCGACAGCGGUCAACGGUACUCCUUUCGGUCAAAGUCAAUUGGGUACAAACAACAACGCCUCUGGCUCGAUUUUUGGUGGCAUGGGUAAUAACACAUCACUUGCUGCUGGUUCUGCAUCUGUCGCGCCCAACUCUACGGCAGGUACAAGCAUUAAACCCUUUACUACAUUCGAAGAGAAGGAUCCAACCACGGGUGUCACCAACGUUUUCCAAAGUAUCACCUGUAUGCCAGAAUACAGAAACUUUUCCUUUGAAGAAUUGAGAUUUCAAGACUAUCAAGCUGGAAGAAAAUUCGGUACGGGUCAAAAUGGCGCCAGUACUACCUUUAGCAAUCCUCAAGAUAGUACCAAUGCAGGAUUUGGAAUGAUGGGGAAUAACAACCCCACUACUUCUGCUACAACAGGGGGUUUAUUCGGCCAGAAGCCGGCAACAGGCAUGUUUGGAACUGGAUCAGGUGGUUUUGGCUCUGGAGCUACCAACUCUACAGGAUUGUUUGGAAGUUCUACUAACCUUUCAGGGAAUUCAGCAUUCGGAGCAAAUAAACCUGCCACUUCUGGCGGAUUGUUUGGUAAUACAACCAACCCUACAAACAAUACCAAUAGCACAGGCCUUUUCGGCCAGCAAAAUUCGAGUACUAAUGGAGGUUUAUUUGGUCAACAACAAAAUUCAUUUGGGGCAAGUAAUAUAAGUAACGGAGGCGCCUUUGGUCAGGUGAAUCGUGGUGCCUUCCCGCAACAACAAACACAACAAAGCACUGGUGGUAUAUUUGGUCAGUCAAACGCCAACGCAAAUGGCGGCACUUUUGGCCAACAGCCAGGCAGUGGUGGUCUUUUUGGAGCCAAACCAGCUUCUGCUGGACUAUUUACGCAACCUGGUGGUACAAAAACAUUUGGAAUGGGUACCAACUCGACUGGCGCUACCUCUGGUGGCUUAUUUGGGCAAAGUAACCAGCAGCAAAGUGGGGGAGGAUUAUUUGGCCAGCAACAGAAUUCUAACACUGGAGGACUGUUCGGUCAAAAUAAUCAGAACCAGAACCAGCCCGGUUUAUUUGGACAGCAAAACUCCUCAAACACAUUUGGCCAACCACCACAACAAGGUGGGUUGUUUGGAAGCAAAUCUACAGGUGGACUGUUUGGACAACAACAGGGUGCAUCCAAUUUUGGGUCUGGUAACACCCAAGGCAAUUCUUUGUUCGGGCAAAAUAAUCAACAACAGCAAUCAACGGGAGGAUUAUUCGGACAACAAAACAACCAGUCACAGUCUCAACCCGGCGGGUUGUUUGGCCACUCGAAUCAAAGUAACAAUCAACCAUUUGGCCAAAAUGGGUUACAACAACCACAAGAGAAUACUAAUCUUUUUGGAACGAAACCCACCGGUUUUGGCAAUACAGGUUUAUUUUCAAACAGCGCAACAAAUCAGAAUGGCGGUAUGAGCGGAAACAAUCAGCAACAGCAACCGGGAGGUUUGUUCCAAAAUAAACAGCAACCGGCUCCGGGAGGCCUGUUUGGCUCAAAACCAGCAAACUCUGUUGGGGGCGGAUUAUUUGGAAACAGUCAAGUUGCUAAUCAAAACAAUCCUGCCUCAACUACUGGGGGAUUAUUUGGUAACAAGCCUGCUACGGGAUCUCUUUUCGGAGGUACCAAUGGCACAGCUCCAAACGCCUCUUCAGGUGGGAUAUUUGGGUCCAAUAAUGCAUCUAACACGGCGACCACGACCAAUUCUACUGGUUUGUUUGGCAAUAAACCUGUUAGUGCAGGGGCUCCCACAGUUGGUGGAGGACUGUUUGGAAACAAUAACAACUUGAAUAAUCCAACUGGUUCAACGGGCUUGUUUAGUAAUAAUAACCCUUCGCAAUCUACUAAUAGUGGAGGCUUAUUUCAAAAUAACACUAAUACGAAUAUCUCCGGCGGAGGAUUGUUUUCACAAUCUUCUCAGCCAAUGAUACAAUCACAGAACGGGCUUCAACAACAACAACAGCAAAAAUUACAACUUCAAAAUAGUAAUCCAUACGGUACUAAUGAACUCUUUUCGAAGGCAACUGUCGUCAACACAGUUUCCAGUCCGAUUCAACCAAGCGCUACAAAGAUCAAAGCUGAUGAGCGCAAAAAAGCCAGUUUGACCAGCGCAUAUAAGAUGGUUCCUAAAACCUUAUUUACAGCCAAGCUUAAGGUUAAUAAUUCUAUAAUGGAUAGGGUCCAGAUCAAGGCUGAUCCAAAAUUGUCCAUUUCCAUCGAUAAAAAGAAUAAUCAGGUAGCAAUAUCUAGCCAACAGGAGGAAACCUUAGACGAAAGCAUAUUAAAAGCCUCUGAGUUAUUAUUUAAUCCCGACAAAAGAUCAUUUAAGAACCUAAUUAAUAACAAGAAACUGUUGACCACAUCUGAGGAAAAGAGUAAUGGAUCAUUGAACCACGAUAUCACUGAUAAAAGUAAAAGUGAUGAACAAGAAACGAUCCUGGGAAAGCCAAAGAUGGAUGAAAAAGAAGCCACUAAUGGCGGGGAAACAACAAUUUUGCCCUCAAAAAACGAUGAAGAAAACAGCAAUACAAUAAAUCGCCCCAGAGACAUGGGCGAAGAAAAUAAGGAAAACGUCGUCACUUUGCAAAAGCGAGCAUAUUCAGAAGAUGAUAAAAAGACGGUUGUUGUGGACGUUGCAGAAAAAGAUGCUUCCUUCAUCAACGAAGAUUACUACAUUUCUCCAUCCAUAGACACCUUAUCCUCUUAUCCUCUGUUGAAACUGCGCAAAGUUCCUCAUUUAAUCGUGGGUCAUAGAAGUUAUGGUAAAAUUGAAUUUCUUGAACCUGUUGACCUCGCCGAAAUUCCUUUGACCUUAUUAGGAGGUAUUAUCAUUACUUUUGAGCCGAAAACUUGUAUAAUAUAUGCGGGCUCACCUAACAGACCGAAGAGAGGCGAAGGUAUUAACGUUCGAGCUAGAAUUACCUGCUUUAAUUGUUAUCCUGUAGAUAAAUCUACUAGGAAACCUAUAAAGGAUCCAAACCAUCAACUGGUUAAGAGGCAUAUUGACCGCUUAAAAAGAAACCCAAAUUCCAAGUUUGAAAGUUAUGAUGCAAACAGUGGUACAUACGUGUUUAUCGUAAACCAUGCUGCAGAGCAGACCUUCUGA